AUGCCUGCGUUGGUCCUCAUUCGUGUGCGCAUUCAGGACCUUUAUACCCUGCGAAACGCCAUUUACAAGUCCCUCAGCGUUCUUGAGAAGGGCUACAAUGGAACUUACGUGGGCAUUUCCAACGAUGCUGAAAGAGUGCCGCCCUGUGAAAGCCAACCCUUGCUCAACUUUGGCAUGGGCCUCUUCUACUUCACAAAUGAGGCCGACGCUAGACGCUUCAUCUACAGCGACCAGGGUUUCUUGGAGAGUGAUUUCCUCGAGUGCUCGGACAUGAUGAUAAUACCCAUGGCUAAACCGAUGCACCUAAAUACAAGUAAGUGGCGGUUGAUAAGGUGUGUCCAGUUUUUGAGAACUGCCCGAACAAUCGGGCAAAAGUUAGUAGGAAGAAUUCGAGCAGUUUUAAAACUCUAUGGAAAUUUGUUUUUAGUUUGCUUAAAACAUAAGUUUGCUGUGAAACGUGUUCUCGGGAGUUUUAAUGUAAUUUUACCUAACAGAGAGAAAGCACUGCGGCCUUAG